UUCCCUCAGAAAAAACACACAUCUCCCCAGCCCACCAUGGCAGACGAAAUUGAUUUCACUACUGGAGAUGCAGGGGCUUCCAGCACUUACCCUAUGCAGUGCUCAGCCCUUCGCAAAAACGGCUUCGUGGUGCUCAAAGGAAGACCAUGCAAAAUCGUGGAAAUGUCAACUUCCAAGACUGGGAAGCAUGGCCAUGCCAAGGUACACCUUGUUGGAAUUGAUAUUUUCACUGGCAAAAAAUAUGAAGACAUUUGUCCUUCUACUCACAACAUGGAUGUUCCAAAUAUUAAGAGAAAUGAUUAUCAACUCAUAUGCAUUCAGGAUGGCUACCUUUCCCUGCUGACCGAGACUGGUGAAGUCCGGGAGGAUCUUAAGCUGCCAGAAGGUGAACUGGGCAAAGAAAUAGAAGGGAAAUACAAUGCAGGUGAAGAUGUGCAGGUAUCUGUCAUGUGUGCCAUGAGUGAAGAAUAUGCUGUAGCCAUAAAGCCCUGCAAAUAGACAGGACCAUCCGCACAAGCAGGCCCAUUAGGUCUGGAUCUAGUUGUCCCAAAGCUAUGGCCUUCAUAAGCAACCUCAUGUUUUAUUUUUGUUGUGUUUCUAUUGUUUUGAAUUUGUGCUGGCUUAGUUUUGCAGGCAGGUAGUAACUUUAAAAUAGUAUAUCAAGAUGCAUAAUUUUAUAAGUAUCUUUCCUAUAACAUUCCUGUGGUUUUCAGUAUGUGACCAUAAGAAACAAGUACUCUAGCUUCAGUAGCUGUCACUUGUCUGAGCAAAUCACUCCUGAACUUAAGUGGUUAACAAACCAGGGUUUUAAAUCAACAAUGUAGCAUCUAGUGGAAUGGAAGUUUCAUGCAUUGAAGUUGAAUUGUUCUUUGCUAAUUUCAGACUUAAUAUCUAGAAUUCAUAGAUUAUAAAACGGAAUUGUCAAAGUUCCAGGCUGUGUGGCAAACACACUUCCUGAAACUAAACUCAUCAAAAAAUGUUGUUAUUUUGGUGGUCAGGUGUCCAAUGUAUUACCCCCAUCAUGUUUUUCUUUGCCAAAUUGGUGACAGACCUACAUAGUAGUUUUAAUACCUUUUGUGGUUGACAGAGAGAAUAGAACUGCUGAGGGACUCUGAGCAAAUACACAAGUGAUAAAGAAGACACAGAGGACAGUGGCCAAGGAGGUAGUGAGACUGUAGAUUUUAUUCAAGAACUUUGUAAUCAGCAUAAAAAAUAGAGUGAGCUCUAGUUGUAUUUUUGCUUUUGGCUGUGUCCCCACCUCUGCCCCAGCAAUAGAAGGACUGGCCUUACAGGGACUCCGCAUGACUUCCAGCCAUUAUUUGUGAAUGUUCAUAAUGUUGGUAAUCUAGCCCUUCCCACAGUUUUUAAGUAGAUUUGUUUUGACAUUAGACUAAAAUUAGGAAUUCUUAAGUUGCUUUGGAAUUCUUGGUUUGUUAAAUGUAUCUACACUUUUCUAAAGUGGAAUAGAAGUAAACCAUGGAAGAAGUAUUAUCUUAUUUGAAAAUUAAUUUAUUUUAAGUGUGUAAACAUUUUCUUUUAUUCUCUUGUGAUUUCUGUUACUGAUGUAAAAUCUAACUAGGAAAGGAUUCUGUGACCUGGAUUCUUUUAAUAUGUUGUAGUCUGUGAACUGGAUUCUUUUAUUAUGUUGUAGUCUGUGAACUGGAAUCUUUUAAUAUGUUGUAAGUGAUACCCUUACAUUUCUGUUUAGACUUUUGGAUUGUGUGUAGAUUAUGUCCAGAAUCAUAGACAUAGUUGUGGGUUUAUGAAGAACUCUGACAAAAAAUCACAGUCAUCUCAUUGGAGUGCUUCUUAGAACAAAAUCCUGUAACACCCUGAUUGUCUGACACUGGCUCUCAGGUUUCUUUCAUGAUGUCUGGACCCUCAAAGUUCUUUGUUCCCAUCUAGAACAAAUAUAUGUGACAAUGCAACUAUCUAGUCAGCAAUUUGAAAUAGCAUUAAAAAUUCCAGAUCCCAAGAUUUUAGUUGCUAAAUUUGUGUGCAAUUUUAAAUUUUGUCUUGGCCUCCACAAACCAAUCCAGAGAAGAAGAAAGGUACUGGAGAAGUGCCAGGAAGAGACUUUAAAGCACAAGAAAUAUUGAAGUGGUAGCGGAUGACUUUAGGGUGACCUCUUAGCUUUUGCCCAUGCAAAGCACAAUUAGGAGUUAGGUUGAAAUCUUCUCACAUAUCUUCUGCACAGUGCUUUAGAUUUCUGGUGUUUUCUUGUGUGCCUUAGUUGUACUUAUUGAUGUGUUACCCACAGGAAUUCCAAAGUUAUUUAUCUUUGCUGUUUCCUGGUCAUCAUCUGGCCAGUUAACAGCCACACCAGUGUUUUGAUUUCAUAUUACUCCAGGACUGGCAUGUGUCAAAUUUUACAGAAAUCUCUAUUUCCCUUUGCAGUCUAAGGGUGAAUAGCAGUGUACCUCUAGCUCCAUACCUUGAAUGGCAAAAGCUACUUAGGCCUAAGUAUUUCAUUUUAAAUACUAUAUGAAGUGUACAUACUCCAACAUGUAAGUAUAGAUUUUAAACAUACAGGACUGUUUAUUUUCAUGUAAGUCAGUAGAUGUUUCUCUUAGAGCAAAAUACUUCAUUUAGUAAAGCUUUAUAAAUUUAUAUUAUAUUAAAAGGAAGCAGGGAACAUAUAUUUUUAACGUAUAACAGAAGUGAGUUCUUUUUGACAUCAGAGAAAUGCUAACAGUUGAUUCAUGGUAUUUGUUGACUUCUUGUAGCAGAUCUCCAUGUACACAAGCUCCAUGUAGAGAAUGGAGACUCUUUUCAAUGUCACUGCGAAUUUGUGUCUGUACACUUUCCCUUUUUUCUUUCUUUGCUGUCUAGACAGUAUUAACAGGUUGAAUGUUUUAACAACAGGUUUUAUUUCUACUGUGAAGAUUUUGUUACACUGGUACAAGUCAUUUGCCUUCUGGCUUGGUCUUCAAAUCCUUGAUGUCCUGGGGGACUGCCAGUCACUUGGAGUGGUUACCAACCAAGCUCUUGACUCUGUUCCCCUUUAUAGUACAAAUUUCUGUGCCAGUACUUUAUAUCAGUGACCAAAACUCUUGAUGCCAGACUGAUAUCUUUAGCAGAAGAUACUACAAUACAAUGUUUAGAAAAUUUGGGAACAUAUGCUUUUCAUUACCGCAGGGUGUGAAUGUAUGUAUGUAUAAACACACAUAGCUCUGUUCUUUUCUCAAAGUCCUUCCAACUAUUAAAGUACUGUAGUCUGUAGUGCCUCAAAUGUUGAUUUUUUAGUACGUUUUCCAGAAUUUGAUUUUAUACUUUUAAGGUUUUUCAAUUAGAUUGUUUCUAUUGAGCUGGAAUUUGAAUGCAUUGUUCUCAGGGCUGUUAGUGCUAAGAGCUGCAGUGUUGUUUUUUUAAAGCUAACUGCCUACAAAUAGAUUGCAAGUUUUUCCCAAGUCAUAAUACUGUAAUACAUAGAAGCAAAGAUUCUUAGCAUAACAUUUAAGCUAUAUGGUAAUUAGUUCCAAAAAAAUGGGAGCAUUAGUAGCAACUGUACUGGGAUCUUGCCUUGAAACCUUGUCCUUGGUGAUGUAUCUGUUAGCAUCCUUUUGGCACAGAACCCAAAGAGGGUUUGGAGCCAGACACUGGUGCAGUGGUUCUCAGACACAUUCAAGAACAAAUAGGAAAUCCCUAACUCUUUUGGGUAUCUUAAAAUGUUUACAUACUGAAUUCACAUUUGCUUUGAGAAAAUAUGGGUCUCUAGCAUAAAAGCAAAUCUAUCAAAGCAUAUUUCCAUAAACAGUUUAUUAUGCUGAUAUUAACCUUCAAAUAUUCUGAUGUUUAGGUAUAAUAUUUCAUAGUUCUCAAGCCUUUUUUUCUUUUGGCAUUCUGAUGAGUGAUGGGCAACAAAGACUUUUUUUUUUUAAUCUAUGGUAGAAAAGUCUUAAAAUUGAAUCUAUUAACUUAAAUCUAUAAAAUGUGUUCUCUGAAUUGGACAAGCAGCAUUAUUAUUUGAUUAUAGAGGGAACAUUGGGACUUAGCUAUGGAGCACAGGUGUUCUGUGGAAACACAGUUUGGAGUCACUAUGUAAUUUAAUUUGUCCAUUAACUAAACACCUGACCAACAUAACUACCCAGUGAGGUCAAGUGACCAAAAAAAUCUGUAAACAUUUGAUAAAAUGUCUCAUUCAUGUGGAAAGCACGUCUUAGGGUAGUGAACACAAGGCCAUCACUUGCUAAAAAUAUACUUAUUGCCAAACUUUUCCAUCAGUACUGUUCACACUUAAAACAGGUCUGAACCUAUUUUCAGUAACAAGGGAGAUUUUGUUAUUAAUAUGAAGUUCUUGGAAACCAUUUCUUGAUGUUGGUGGGAUUUGGUUCAUCUUAGUUUGAAACUAUAGUUUUAAAAACAUUGGAUACUAAACCAGUCAGCAUAACUAAAGAGCCUAUUAGAGAUCAUAGCUGUGCUCUUAAAGCUGAUUCGUUGUCAUGGUUAAUGUACAAGUAAGCACUCGUUGUUAUGAAUUGUACUUCAAAUUACUAGUUCUAAACCACAAUUUAAAAAAUGACUAUUUAUAUGUUAUCGUGUACUUUUACCUUCCUCCCCAGAAGAAAACAGAUCAGACAACAUUGUUUAAUCUAUUGGCACUUUGUUAGUUUUUUGGGGGUUUUUUGGUCUGAAAUUUACUUGUAAAUGUUUUGGCUAAAACUUUAAAAUUGUAAGAUCUGGAUAUUAUAGUUGUGUGUUUUACAUUUUAAAAGUGAGUAAACUUUGAAUGUUAAAUCUGUUAAAUCUCCACCUAUACUGAAAAUAUCCUUUAAAAUGCAGAAUUGUAACAUUUUGUUACCUUAAAAUAUAUGUCUGUGAACUUCAUGGUAUAUUAAAUGAAAAUAAACAAGAGUGCACAAUUCUUA